AUGAUCAGAUACGGGCAACUCUUCUGCGUCUUCAACAACAACAGCUUGUCGCUGCUGCUGCACAGGGAAAACUGGGAAAAGUUCGACCUCCAACCCAGAUGAUUCCUUCAUCAGUACAACGUCAGAUGAACAAGGCAAGCUCCUCGCAACCAGAAGAGGCUGUCCAUCGAGGUUCGAGAGCUGAUCAGGAUGGAAGCCCUACACACAUGGUAGAGCCAGUCUGAUUAG